AUGCGACAAAAUACUACCCACCUGUUCACGGUGCGCCAAGUGAGUGGAAUGGUGUGGAAGCAAUAUUAUACACCGCGGCUUGUUGUUGAUCACUUCUGCCGGAGUAGAAAACUUUUACGAUGUGACUAUUCCGCAAAUGCCAGCCUUUUGGCCUUCAGUCCACAGCAGUUUUGUCCAACGUUGAAGACUCAAGAAGUAUGCAUUUGGUAUCUUUCGUCUCAUAGUCGGAUUCCUCUUAUUCAAGCCGUUUCUGAGGCUGCUUUCGGAGGGACUGGCGCGGAGUGUUUGAGCACAGUAACGCAACUAGUCUGCGAACUGUUUCUCGACAGCGGGUCGGGCGUUGAGGAGGUCGUGAGAAGAUACUACGCCAACAUACAUCCCUGGUUUCCGAUCAUCCAGGAAGACCUCCACUAUUUCUUGUCCUCGACCAUCACCAGCCUAGGAAACCAUGGCCACCUAUUACUCUCUAUGUAUCUUGCAUCUCACCCUCUGUGCGAGCACGUCAGCGAAGUUGCUCACAAUCCUCUCUAUCUGACUACCAAGCAAAUGUUUCUGGCCAUGCAGACAUCGAGCAUUGGGUCAAUCCGGCUGCUCGAAAGUGGUCUGCUUAUUGCAGUGUAUGAAUUUGGUCAUGGACUCACCGAAAAGGCCCACCAUACUGCCAGUUCUUGCCUAGCUAUAUAUCGAAAUCUAGUUGAAACACAGUUUGGCCGAGAGCCAAGUUCGACAGAGGACUUGGCGGAGAUCCGGACUUGCUGGCAAGCGAUCGUGCUUCUUGACCGUUUAAUCAAUUUUUCCAAGACUAUCAAUGCGAUUACGACAACACAAACGCUUUUCCAAAAAGACUCCAUUCUUUGGGAGUCCAUCUAUAAUUCAAGCAUAUUGCCAGCCUCUACGACUAAAUACCAAGUUCAAGGAACAUUAUUAGACAUGGAAAUGGCAGCAUCUAAUUUCUCAAUGCUAUACCGCGUUUCAGUCCUCCUCGGUGAUAUAUUUGAGCAUGUGGCACAAGUAACAGCGGGGAGAAAACCAUCAACACUGUACAAGGACCUUGAGAAGGAAAUCAGCCUCAUCACCUGCAACAUGAUCGAAGAAGCUGGCACCGCCAGCAUAAAGUUUUGCGAGGCAUCGCCCUCGCUCUUAGAAACAACGCAACGCAUGGUCCUUGACAUGAAUAGAACGGCAAGUUGCAUCUUGGAAAUUAAAGAUGCUUCCGCAAUGUCUCUCAUGGGCAUUUAUUGUGUUUGCUCUGCAGGCGUGCUUCUUGUGCUGGCAUCUCAAAGAGUUGACCAGAUAAGCCUUGCGGAUUCCGAUAUGGCUACUAUUCGAUCCAAUCUAGAAGCUUUGAAUAGACGAUGGGGGAUCGGAGGUAAUUUUCCGAUGAGAGCCUCGUUGUUAACUUUUUUUGGAACUAAAAUCUCUCUAGCUACGUAUCUACAGUGUCUACGUGAGGAUCCAGACUUCGAUGGCUCGUGCUAA